AGCGACAGAAAACAGCCCUAGAAAACAGCGCGUUUUGAAGCCCAGGCCCUUGAAUGCCUAUUCCGAAACACUACCUUCAAGAGAUUACAAACUCUACAGUAAUACAGAUAAGAAUGUGGCCUCUGUUAUCUCUUCGGAAGUCAAAAGCACACCCAGACGAGCUGCAAAGAAGACAAUAAAGUACAUCGUGGAGGAUGAUUUCUCCGAUGAGAACGAAAGCAGUUCUGAACAAACCGACGAUAUCGAAGAGAGCCUAUGGUGCGGAUCUGAACCGUCUUUGAAUAACUCUGAUGAUGACGAGGCCAUUAAUGAGACACCGCGCCGAUAUUCCUUGACGCGGCUACCCAAAGAGCGGUACAUGGAAGUUGAAGCACUCCCACGAAACUUCCCGCAACGUAUCGAUGGUUCCGUGAGACAGCUUUUUCCUCCUGAAAAAUAUAAGACAAACGCUCUCAUUCAGAGAGCUGACAGCAUCGCGAACGAUAAUUCGCAACGCCUAACAUCUGGAUCCUCCACUCAAGAACGCCCCUCGAGCUCCUCGUCUGCAGAUGACGAUGCAGUGCUGCGAUAUUCGCCUCCACGAAGGAAAUCGCCACAAAAAACCUUGCAACCUCCUGUGCGCCCUUGUACGCCACCGCCAUCUACCAGCCUUUCAAAUUCCCGGUUAGUGUCUCCUUCUAAGAAGAACCGGAUACCCACCCCGCCGCAUCAGCAGAAUACCGAUGCCUUCUGGUCACAAGAAGUCAUCAACUCCUGGAACGAUGAGCACUCGCCUCAAAAACCUUUAUUUCCACGUCCAAAGGCAACCACGGGAACCGAACCACAGCCAUCGAGUUUAUCCGGGAAAUUGAGCCCAACUAAAAAAAACCCGAGUGCGGUCCAGGCUCGCAAGUCGUUUGAAAAAGCCAAACACCAAAUUGCCCAAGACUUUUUGGAAGAGCUUGAUGAGGUGAUAUCGGGAGGCAAAAUCAGCGAGAUGGCCGCCGACUGCGGAGGAGUUAAGCUGAUAUGGAGUAAGAAAUUGAACUCCACAGCCGGAAGAGCCAACUGGAAGCGAGAAAGUGUGCGUGUUCAAGAAAGUGGCGCAACAAUGAUGCGAUUCAAACACCAUGCUAGCAUUGAGUUGGCUGAGAAGGUGAUAGACGAUGAAGAUCGCCUUGUAAAUGUGAUUGCGCAUGAAUACUGUCACCUAGCCAAUUUCAUGAUCAGUGGCGUACGCGACAAUCCUCACGGGAAAGAAUUCAAAGAAUGGGCCAGGAAGGUGACAAGCAAGUUCAGCUCUCGCAACAUAACCGUGACAACGAAACACUCCUACGAGAUCGACUACAAGUACGUUUGGACUUGUGUGAGCUGUGGUCAUGAAUUCAAGCGUCACUCAAAAUCCAUUGACCCAAAUAAACACAGCUGUGGCGGCUGUAAAUCAAAACUCAUACAAACAAAGCCGGCUGUGAGACAGAAGGAUCCAACCAAAGGCCCAAGCGAGUAUCAAUUAUUCGUAAAAGAGAACUUCCAAAGGAUCAAAAGAGAAAACAGCGACAAGAGCCACGGCACUGUCAUGGAAAUCAUGGGUCGGGAGUACAGGAAUUGGAAGGCAGAAAAGGAAGCCGUGACAACAUCAAACAAACUCAAUGAUGUCACCAAGGCGCUGGAGAUUGUUGUACUGGACUGAACUUUUAGUGCAGAUUUCAACUCUUGAAUGCUCUGGUGGACUUUCGAUCCCACGACAGAUGCGAAACGAGGCGUAAUAACUAUAUGUGUGGCUAAGAAUGCAUGCAUUGAGUCGACAGAGAAUCCUCGGACUUUUAAAUGACUUUCAUGUCUCCGGUACAGUUAUCGUACGGGAACAUCAAAUUCUGAAUAACUAUAGACUCGGUUGGUUGUGCUCGAGGGC